AGAAGACCGAGGGGGCGGGGGAAGCGGGAACAGGAAGAAAUUUACCGCAAUGGAUUUCACAGUUGAUUCUCCUCUGGUUCAGAUUUUAAUUGCCAGUGGGUGUCACUGGUUAGGAAUCGGCCAACGAGGGAACUCCCCCUCCCCCAUCUCCCUCUCCAAUUAGCAGAGGCAUUCACUACUAGGCUCACUUAGCCCUGUGCCUCUGCCAGCCCCCGCCAGAUGCAUCAGUCUAGAACCGGCUGCAAGUGAUGCUUUGGCUACAGCGCCGAGGGGACUUCGUUCGGGAUGAUCUGAUUCAGAAAUAGAGCUGCCCAUACUCCUUCUCCCUGCCUUGCCUUGUCCUACCCUACAAGACAAGGCAAGGCAACCCAGCUUUGACAUCUGCCUCUCCUCCCAGCCCGUGAGCAGCAGGAGGCAGGUGUAAUUAAAGGAGCGCCAGUCCGGCUCAGAGCUUCGGAAGUCUGUCCAGCUGCUCCCUUCAGCACCUUGGAGAAGUCCUGUAUGUGGGAGCUCUAGAGGGCGCCUUAGCCCACAGAGAGGGUGGGAGAUACCAGUGAACCGGUCUCUCUCUCUACAGCUUGCCCUGAGGAUGGACCCACCCGAUCCCAGCCCUAUAGGGUAGAGCAGAUGGAAUUGAAGCACUUUGGACAGAUCUUUCCUUGGACUGAAGCUGCGGCUUCAGACCCUGAGCAUUCUCUAGCUCAUACAAGAGAGGCAUGGAGGACGACGAAGAGAGAGACAUAGAUACAUGCAUUUUCUCCUUUCUGUCGGUCCAGGGUGACCUUUAUCAAUAGGAACAGAUCAACUUCAAUCUCCAGAACAGUUUCCUACUGGGCAACUCUAUGUAACCUGGGGAUAGGUGGCAAUCGGCAAACUCUACCCUCAUGGCUCAGGAUAAAAUUGUUCAUUCUGAAAUGCGAGCUGCUUAUUUGUUUAAGUUUAUCCAAAUGCAUGUUUCUGGCGUUUUAAAGGGAAAAUACAACUGUCUCGAAAUCAGAAGCGAUAGAAAUUUUUUAGGUACCUAUGAAUAAGAGCCGCCUGCCUGCAGCAAGCUUGGGGACUUGAAACCCUUCUGAAGACUCUCAACUCCUGUCAGGGAAACUGGUCGCUGAGUGUAGAGCCCUUUAAACUGCUUUUCAUGCAUCAUUUUAAAUGUGUACUUUGCCUAGAGUAUACUCCAUUUUCUUCCUAUUAUCAUUCCUGAUAGAACCUUCUCUCCUCUCUUCUCUCUCUCUCUCGCCUCCACCUCCCCCAUCUUUCUCCUGGGUUCUGUGGACCUACGUAGCGGAGUUAGGGUUUGGAGCUCCCUGCAAUUGCCUUGACUUUUGAUUUUUUUUUUUUAACCUCUUCCUGGAUUACAAGAUUGGAUGGUGCACCGUUAAGUCCAGAAACCCCGAUGAGCCGCAGUGUUAGGAGGAAUCUUGGUGUGAGUGUGUGUUUGUACUGUUGUGUGUGGGGGAGGGGGCAAGAAAAAAAAAACAACUUUGGAGCCCCAAAGCCCCCCUUUCCUCCUCAUGCAAGUUUCUUUGGAAGUCGUACGAUGAGGAAUUCUUUUGCAUAUAGCUGAGGGCAAAGCCCAAACAGUACCUGGGGGCGGGGGGCAACGCUGCAACGGGAAGGGGAAAUAAGAUUUGUCCCCAGUAUUCGCUACAAUCAACGAUGGCAAAUGAACCGGUGAUUUUGAAUGUCUAUGACAUGUACUGGAUCAAUGAGUACACCUCUACUCUGGGCAUUGGUGUGUUCCAUUCAGGCAUCGAGAUUUAUGGCCGAGAAUUUGCCUAUGGGGGACAUCCUUAUCCUUUUAGUGGGAUCUUUGAGAUUACACCUGGAAGUGCAGUGGAGCUCGGAGAAACUUUUAAAUUCAAAGAAGCCAUAGCCUUGGGCACCACUGAUUUCACAGAAGAGGAUGUGGACAAGAUUUUGGAGGAGUUGGGAAAGGAGUACAAAGGCAAUGCCUACCACCUCAUGCACAAGAACUGCAACCACUUCUCAGAUGCCCUGGCAGAGAUCCUGUGUGGCCGGGAGAUACCUCGUUGGGUGAACCGCCUGGCCUACUUCAGCUCAUGCAUCCCUUUUCUACAGAGCUGCCUCCCCAAGGAAUGGCUCACCCCCGCAGCGUUGCAGACCCAUAUUGGCCUUGGUCUACGCAAGGAAGACUCAGGCAGUGCGGCAGAUGAGGAGGUCCCUUCCACCUCAGGGGCAUCGAGGACCUGCAAACACACCCGUGUCUGAGCUGGGCCCUGCCCUCCCCUUCCACUUUUAGCCUCCUGCCUCACCCUUCUACCUUUGACUUCUUCUAUCCCCACUCAAUCUCCUUUUCCUUUUCCCGUUCUCCUCCAAGGAGGCUGGGCUGUUGCUAACCCCUCGGGCUCCUCCUGAUGGAAACUGAACCACUGCGUUGCUUCUUUGGGCCACUGAAACCUCUACGACAGCAGCAGAGCAGCUCUAAAAUCCCACGUGGAUGAAUGGGGGAAGCCUCCUUCCAAACUCUGUGAUGGGAGUUGGGGGGAGUUAGGAAUCUUUGAGCUCUCCCCGCCUCCCUUACUCGACAGUGUCCCUGAACCCUCCACCUUACCCCCUCCUUGACCCCGCUUUACUGUGCCCGUAGGCCCCUGGCUAUCAGAGGAGGGGAGAGGAGCCAUUAGGGACAAUGUUUCCAUCAGACCAGCAGCAACAGCUCCCCCUCUCAGACAUUCUCCCAUUUGGGGAAAACAAGGAUUUUCUGAGGCAUUUGGAUAACAGGGUGACAUUCUCCAGAUUUUCCACUGGAAGAUGUGUGUAUGUGUGUGUGUAUGGUUUGGAUGGUAUUUUAUAUUCAAAAAUCACAGGACUCCACUGACAAAGACAGAGUGAAGUUUAUUUUUAGGGUAGGGGAGUAGAAUUAGUUUGGGGAAGGAGGAGGGUUACAUAGCUAAAUGAAACUGGUAUAGAGACCUUUUAAAAUGAGACAAAAUACUUUCUGAGUCCUUGUUGUGGACUGCACCACACUGUGAGCCUAGGAAAGGUAGCACCCUUUCUCCUAAUGGCCAACUUCCUCCAAUGCCUGAUCCCAGCAGGAAAAAUGACAGUCAGGACUUGCCUCUUUAGCUCUCCUUUUGCUUUUAUUUGUCACUGAGUUUCACCCUUUACUAGGCAAAGGAAACAUCCCCAAGAGCGCUGUAUGAGUUCUGAAGGAUGAGAGCCGGGAGGAUGCUAUUCUGGGAGGAAUGCAGGGCCAGAAAGAGCUGCUUCCAUUGGUCACAGUCUGCUAGGCACUGCCCGGGGUUUUCCAGAGGCUUCUUUGCUCUGCAGAUCCACCUCCUCCUUCUCAUGAGCCUGAUGGGAGUCUGGGCUUGUAUUAGGGGUCAAAAGAUUAGGUGGGCCCAGAAUGUCAUGUUUGGAAGAGAACUUAGAGAUCAUGUAGUCCAACCAUUAGAUUUUACAGAUGAAAUAGUAGCAACCCUGGUGAAACAAAAUGACCUGUUCUCAGGCAUAGGACUAAUAGACAAUGACAAAACUAGAACCCAGGUUACUGAACUCUCAAACUGAAAUGACUCCUGCAUUCACCAUGUGUUUAGAAGGUAAGAUAAAAGGGAAAAAAAAUUUUUUUUUUUCUGAAGCUGGUAUCAUCUGUUGGUGAGUGAGUGAGUGAGUGAGUGUGUGUGUGUGUGUGUGUGUGUGUGUGUGUGUGCACAGAAGAGUAGGUGAAUGGUCAUAUGAUCAAUGCAUGGAUCAGGAGCAAAAUAAAGUGUCAUGUAUAUGUGAAUAUGAAUGGUUGUAGGCAUGGGCAGCCUAGGGGGAAGGUUAGAGGUGUAUCUGUGUACACAUGCAGUAUUUUCGGGAGAUAAUGACCAGUGACUUCUUUUGGAGGACGCAUCAUUUUCCCUAGGGAUUGCUCUGGUCAGAGCCCCUUCUCCUUUCUCAGAGAAAGCAAACGGAGGGCUCUGGUAGGUAGCCUUUGACACCAUAUCAUGCUGCUGUUGAAAAUGAAAAGUGGUGCUUGGAAGGUGUGAAGAGAUAAGAUUCAAGUCAAUUACCAUUGGACAUGAGUUGGCUCUAAAUGGCUUUUAGGUGGGCUAAAACCAAUGACAAAACCUUAUAUUCUCUGCAUUCUGGGUAAAGCUUAUGUGCUACAGAUAAUUCCUUCGCCUCUCCUAAGGAGCUCCGUUACUUAGUUAGGAAAACCAGAGACUUGGAAUCCUAAUUUGUUUUCGUUUAAAGGCUGUGUGUGCUCGCGUGCAUCUGUGUGUGUGUGUGUGUGUGUGUGUGUGUGUGUGUGUGUGUGUGUUUAAAGUAAAUUUCCUGCCUCUGCCAUUCAUUUCUCUUACUCCACAAUUUUUCACCAGGGUGAAUACACAUUUUCUUUUUAGUAUUGGUUCAUCUGGCAGAUAACAGAAAAAAAUUAAUAAGAAAUACUGGAUCCACUUCUCUGAUUCUUGACAAGACAAAUAGUAUGGUAUCUGGAUGGCUCUUUCUGUGGACUCUGCCAGACGGCUCCAUUUUCAUGAUAGAAGUCAUGGGUUUCUGUUCCAAGAAAAGUUGAACUACUACAAUGAGGAGAAAUGCCAUGGCUGAGCCAGGCUUUUUAUUGUUUUCUUUAGAAAUGGGAGUUAACCCAAACAUAAUUCAGACAUUCGUAAAAUAAAUAAAAAAUAAAACAAAAAUGAAUUGGAAAGGCA